UCAUUACUGUACAGCGCUAGGCGCGAUCGCGAGUGCGGGUGAAUUUUGUUAUUACUUAGUAGUCUACAACUUUUGUAUUUUUCUACUUUUAUAUCUGAUAACAUAUAUUGUAUAGUUUGUUUAUUUUUGUUACCUGCUAGAAACAUAUAUUUUCUCAUCGUAUCAAACCUUUUCGGUAACAAAGAGUUCAUCACGGUUAGCGAAAGCGUAAAACAACGUUGUCAAAAUCUUUCGUAUCCAUCAUUCCUUGGUUGAAAUAAAAUCAAUGCUUACCAACUGAUUAUAGUCUUCAGCUUCGAAUCGUAUAGAUAAUUAUAUAAAAAAAGAAUAAUAAUUAUAAAAAGAAAAAAUGCAUAUAGAAGUACAAGUAGCUUUGAACUUCGUCAUUUCGUACCUGUAUAACAAGCUACCCCGUCGCAGGGUGAACAUUUUCGGCGAGGAGCUUGAGAAAGCCUUAAAAGACAAAUUCCAGGGACACUGGUAUCCAGAGAAACCGUUCAAGGGCUCGGCGUUCAGAUGUAUCAAAACAGGCGAUCCCGUCGACAAGGUGUUGGAAAGGGCAGCCCGUGAAAGCGGUGUCCCUAUUCAGGAUAUUUUGGAAAACUUGCCGCAAGAUCUUGCCGUUUGGGUCGAUCCCGGAGAGGUCAGCUAUCGCAUUGGCGAAAAAGGAGCCGUUAAGGUACUCUUCAGUGAGAAGGGCGAUCCCCAAGACGAAUCCUCUGCUGACCGGGAGGUGACCAAAACAUUUAAUCCCGAAGCGCAAUGCUUCAAGCCCAUUGAUUCGGUGAGCUCGAGUCUCAGCAAUUUGAGUCUCUCCCCGAAGACGUCGCCGUUCUCUGCACAACCGAUGCCCGUGGGAUCACAGGUCGUCACGUCGGGACCCCAGCCGGGGACGACUGUCGUGGGCGGUGGUGCUGGACAGAGUAUUGUAGGCAACCACCUUUCGAGGUCGUCAGCACCCUCUCCCACUGCCGUCGCCGCCAACACAUCAUACAAAGGAUCACCGUCCCCCAUUCCAUCCUUCAUCCCUCGCACCACUACCCCACUUACUUUUACUACCGCCACCUUUGCCCAAACCAAAUUUGGAAGUACCAAGCUUAAGACCAGCUGCAAGAGAGCAAACAGGGAUCAGCUAAGGACACCAGAAUAUGAUGUCGCUCCUAAUAGAAGUUCGAACAUAUCGAGGCCAUUCUCUUUAAGAAUGUCUCCCACCGAGUUUUCAAACUACAUAAAACAGCGUGCAAUGCAGCAGCACGCUGCACAUCACUCGCCCAACAGCCGUGCCCUUUCCCCUGACCCGUCUGCUUAUUAUUUCUCACACAAUCCGUACGCUCCCCAGUUUCCUCAUCGUUCCAUGUUCGAGUCUUCCAAUCAGUUCCUGAGCGCCGAUUUGUACCCUGGUAAGUUAGCAUUCGAACAUGCAGCUGGUCCUUUGGGUCCCUUCUAUCCCAACAACGGUCCUGUGAAUGCGCCUCCAACAACACCUGGUACCCCUCAAGACACCAGCAAAUUGCUCGACAACUGGCCCUAUCCAACGGCAGGCCAAUAUCAACAUCUUCUGGUGGCCAACUGAGGUCUCUCGUAAAACCUAUAUUGUAGAACACGUGUUCUCGUCUCUACUAUUGUGAUCAGUGACGAGCACGCUAAGGACACACCUAUUUUCCUUUCUGCCCAAGACUAAAACCUCUCUCGAGUAAGGUAAGGCAAAUACUAUUUAUCCUGUUAUAGUCGGAUGUCUGUCUACACCACCGAGUCGACUCCUGGUUUGAAAUGUUGCUGUUAAAAUUCUAAAUUUUGAUAACCCGAUUAAAAAAAGUAAAAAAGUGUUAAUAAAUCUGGAUUUGGUUUCUGCCGGUUGCAGUUAGAACUGAAUUUAAACGCCCACAUUUAAUCUAGUUUAAGCUGACUUACAUUAAGUUAUUUGAUUUUAUAAAAGUGUGGGUCACAUGAACUUUAUUUUUUGUUGUCAACAACUGUUGUGUUAGUUCGUGUUAUUGCUUAAUUUAAAAUAUCAUUUGGACGUUGAUGUUUUUACAAAAUUACCUUCAAAACUCUUAAAAUUUAUCUUCAUUUGGAUCUUUAAUGGUAACACAUAUGAUGCUUAAUCGUACUUAUAGUUUUCGUUAUUAAGUGACCCGAACGGAUUAAAAUUGAGUUUGUAAAACUGAGAUGAGUAAAACUAGUCACAAGUGUUCCACUUCGUUACUAAAGAGAGCGUUAGUCUUGAGUACAAGUCCCAGCUUUUUUAUAAAAAUUAAGACUUAGAGUAGACGUUUCUUACUUUGUAUAUGGUGUUUACAGUAUUCUAGUAGAAUAAUGUGUUUUCUAAAUUUUUUAUAAAGUUUGUAUUUUUUAUUUUUGUAUGAAAGAAGCUCAAGCUGUCAUCUAGUCCCAGAGAUUGUUAUUAUAACAUUUACUAAUAUUUAAUUGCAUAUCACGGGGGCCAAAAAACCGCUCCGUCGUCGGCCCUUUCUACUGUUUAGUUUAGCCAGUAUUUGCAUGAAAGAUACACGAGGGUUCCUAGAUGCUUCCUCAUUAUGAGCAACUAUUUUUAAAUGCUUAGUUUUCUUAGUUUAUUUUUUCACUUGUCUCCGUUUUUAUUAUUAUUUGUACAGAUUGUUGAAUUUCAUACAAUAUAUAUAUUUUGUUAAAUGCUACUGGUUUGAUUGCUGUCAUUUUUGCCUGCGUACCUGACACAAAUCGACUCUUGUACGGCAUGAACAAACUGCAUGAGUUUGCAUAUGAAUAUGAUUGUCCUUUUACUACGUUUUCCUUUCGCAAGUCUGCAGACACAAAAGGCACAGGUCCAUCCGUCUAAAAAUACAAUCAGCAGCCAAAGAUACCAUUGCGUAACCGUUUAAACAAAAAAAAUUAUGAUAGCCAGUAAACUGUCUGCAUGUACAGAAUAAGAGAAUUUCAAUUUCAGCACAACCUGUCUCUGUACCAAGGGUCGGAAUUUUUCGUAUUUAAGUAUUCAAGUAUUUGUUUUGAAUAUCCAAAUUUUUCGAUAUUGGAAUAUUUGUAAAUAUUCAUAUAUUUAAACAA